AUGAAGAUUAUUCCCAUUGGCGUCCUUGAAAACAACUAUUCUUACAUUCUUAUCGAUGAGAAGACAAAGGAAGCAGCUGUAAUUGAUCCCGUAGAACCUAUCAAGAUUCUCAAUGUCAUUAGUCAAACAGGGGCAAAACUAUCAAGUGUAUUUGUAACCCAUCAUCAUUGGGAUCAUUCAGGAGGAAACAUCGAGCUUGUAGCCAAAAAGCCUGGACUGGCAGUGUACGGAGCCGAUGCAAGAAUUCCAGAAAUCAACUAUGUUUGCAAAGACCACGAAGAAUUCAAACUCGGAUCACUUGACAUAACACCUUUACACACGCCUUGCCACACAAAGGGCCACGUAUGUUACUAUGUGGUCGACACUGCGACUAAUGAACGGGCCGUUUUUACCGGAGAUACUUUGUUUAUAGCUGGUAUUGGAAACUUCUUUGAAGGAGAUGCUCGCGAUAUGUACCGGAUCCUUUUCCAUGUCAUCACAACCUUGCCUGACGAUACAUGGGUGUACUGUGGUCAUGAAUACACAAAGGAGAAUUUAAAGUUCGCCUUGACACUUGAACCCCACAACGAAUCCCUGUUGGCAAAAUGGGCUUGGUGUCAGGAUAAGCAAAUAACUGUUCCUUCUACAAUUGGACAAGAGAAGCUGUACAACCCUUUCUUAAGGGUCAAUGAACAGACUCUCCAGCUUGUGGCAGGAAAGACUGACCCUGUAGAAGUGCUCCAUACACUCAAAGAGAUGAAGAACGCGUUUCGGUAA